GACGAGACGAGCGACAAGAAGACGCUGAAGCAGGCGACGUCGAUCCUCAACAAGCUCACGCUCGAGAAGUUCGAGCGGCUCUCGGCCGAGUUCUGCGCGCUGCCCUUCGACUCCGUGGCGCUGGUCAAGGGCGCCAUCGACCUCAUCGUCGACAAGGCCCAGCACGAGACCCACUUCGUGGGCAUCUACGCCGAGCUCUGCGUGAAGCUCUCGGAGACGCCGAUGACGGGGUUGGGCGAGGUCGAGAAGGGCAAGAAGUUCCGGCGCAUGCUUUUAGAGCGCUGCCAGGCCGAGUUCGAGAUGGACCACAGUGCGGUCCAGGCGGAGCUCGAGGCGCUGGAGCCCGGCCCGCGGAAGUUACGGAUCGCGGAGAUCCGCAAGCUCUACAUCGGCCACAUGUUCUUCAUCGGCGCGUUGUACAAGCACGAGAUGCUCAAGGAGUCGAUCAUGCACCACUGCGUCCAGGAGCUCUUCGGCGACCCCGACGAGCCCGACGGCGAGAAGAUCGAGUGUUUGGCGAAGCUCAUGGCGACGAUCGGCAAGCAGCUGGACGCCGCGGCGCUCGAGAAGAAGGAGUCGAUGAAGUUCAUGAAGGCCUACUUCAAGCAGCUCAAGAAGCUCGCCGUGAACCAGAAGCUCGAGAGCCGCAUCCGCUUCAUGGUCAAGGAUUUGUGCGAGCUCCGCGACGACCUCUGGAAGCCGCGGCGCGCGGUCGAGACGGCGAAGACGAUCGCGGAGAUCCAC